CCAACUAUGCGGUUCAAUGUGUUCUCCGAAAGAGAAUUUUGGGCCAUUGUUGCUGUAGUUGUAGUUUGCCUUCUCACCCUUCUCUUAAGAUGGUGGAAGACCGAAUUGGCUAGAAAACAUGAAGUGGAUUUGUCUUCUAAGAAACCGUCUGUGAAAGAAAUAUUAGCUGCUCCCGAGCAGAAUAGUCCUGUUUUGAGGGGGAAAUGUUGCUUGGACGUUGUUAUGACGAGGACUUUUGGGGUGGAGGAGGUGAGGGCGGCCACAAAGAACUAUCGAAUUCGGAUUGGUGUGGGGGCGACAUCAUACGUGUACCUGGCGGAGCUUGAGGGCGGUAGGCUGGCGGCGGUUAAGCGGGUGAUGGAGGAGAAAGGUGGGAGUAAGAAGGUGUUCUUGGAUGAGGUAUCGGUCUUGCUCAGGAUUUCUCAUCCCAAUUUGGUGGCCAUGUUGGGUUUCUGCUUUGACAAAGGAGAGCAAUUGUUGGUGUUGGAAUAUAUGCCCAACAAGAGCCUGUUUGAUCGGAUGCACACCAAAUACGGUCAGUCUAGGGGAGUGUUGUCGUGGUCCAACCGCAUGACCAUCGCUCUAGACGUUGCUCGAGCCCUCGAUUACCUCCACUCUGUCGCGGAUCCCCCGGUUAUCCACCGCGAUGUUAAGUCCUCCAACGUGCUGCUUGUGGAUGAUUCUCGAGCCAAACUCGCAGACUUCGGUUUGUGUAAACUUGGCCACGACCCCCAAACCGCUCAAACACCUACCAUCAUCAAGGGCUCCUUCGGUUACCUUGAUAACAACUAUCUCAAUACUGGACGAGUAUCUCCUAAGAGCGAUGUUUAUAGUUUUGGAGUUCUCCUUCUCGAAUUAAUCACAGGGCUCAGGUCAACUCAAGGAUCGACGACACUAGCCGAGUGGACGCAGGAGCGGAGGAUAAGGAGCGAUGACCCGGAGAUUUUGGCGGGGCUGUUGGACCCAAAACUGAAGGGGGAUGCAAAUUUGGAACAAUUGAAGGUAUUAAUAGACAUUGUAAACUUGGCUCUUAUUGACAUUUCUGGAGCAAGGCCGGAUAUGAGUUAUAUUACAAGUAGAAUCUCAAAUUGUUUGGAAUCAUCCAACCAUUUUGAGAUUAAUCAAGACUUGUCUGUCUCUAGUUAG